UUUACCGAUAACUCGUUCAACGCCAUAUCUCGUCAGUGCCCUCCUCGGGUGGCCGACUAUCCUUAUAUACGAUGUCGUGAAGCAUCUCCCACUCGAACAACGAACGAUGCCCGACAUUUCUGCAUUCGGCCGUGAUCUCGAUCUCGAGCUCAUCCUCAACGAGGGUGGACGAUGGGCCCACCGCGUCCACAUCGCCCUCGAAGAGGCCAAACUCCCCUACAAACUCACCCACGUCGACCUCAACAACAAGCCCGACUGGCUCCUCAAAGCCAACCCUCUCGGCCUCGUCCCCAUCCUCGCCGUCGGUAGCCCUCCCAUCUACCUCACCGAAUCCGCCGAUAUCGUCUCUUUCAUCGUCGCCACCACCCCGUCUCUCCAGCCGUCCAAUGAGCUCCAGCGCGCCCAGUCUUUUCAGAUCGCCAAAUCUGCUCUCGCGCUGCUCUCUUCAGAGCUUCUUCCUAUCAUUGGGAAGCAGCCCUCGGAAGCCGUGCGCGAGAUCCACCAUAAGAACCAGCUGAAGGCUAUUCGGAAGGUACAAGAGCUGCUCCAUGCUACAGGGCCUUAUGCACUCGGCGAGCGUUUUACCGAGGCUGAUGUCUUGCUCGCUCCUUUCGUUGGUAGGCUUUGGGCGUACGGAGUGCAUGGUAUCGCUCCCGCUGGGGACAGAACGGUAAAGACUGUAAAGGAGGGCAGGCAGUAUGCGAGGUUUUUGGAAUACACUUUCUCCAUCGAACGAUUGAAGAAGAAGAUUGCUCAAUACGAAGUCAGCCAGUCUAAAUCUGAACCCAAAUAUCCUCGAUUUCUCCCCGAGCCAUUCGAUCCUAACGAAGUCUUCAUCGCUGAACCGCCUUUCGAACAUAUCGACCGCGGCCUCUCCGCCGAUCCCAACUUUCCCGACUUGCUACCCACCUCUGCCCGCGUCGAACACCUCACCCCCGUCAUCGGUACCGAAGUCAGAGGUGUGCAGCUGAGCAAGCUAUCCGACGAAGGCAGGGAUCAGCUGGCGCUAUAUGUAGCCCAGCGAGGUGUGGUGGUCUUUAGAGGACAGGACUUCAGGGAUCUCGAGCCCGAGCAGCAGCUUGAGUUCGUCAGGUAUUUCGGACCCCAUUACCUUCACCCAUCCGACCGUCACCCCAAAGAUCUUCCCCAAUACUACUCCAUCUUCCAAGACUCCAACGACCGUUCCGUCAAUAAUACCGUCAACCCCAUCUCCAACAAACUCACCUCCAUCACUUGGCAUACUGACGGUUCUUCUGAACUCCAACCCCCCGGCUUGACUUUGUUGUUCUCUCUGGAGAACCCGAGAAAUGGGGGAGGAGAUACGCUGUUUACUAGUACGGUGGAAGCUUAUGAGAGGUUGAGUGAGGAGUACAGGGCGAGGUUGGAAGGGUUGGAGGCUGAACAUUAUCUGCCUUAUGAACCUCGUCGUCGUGACGCCCCUCGAAGCAUCCACCCCCUCAUCCGUACCCACCCCGUCACCAAAAAGAAGAUCCUAUUCGCAAACGAAGUCAUCACCCGCCGCAUCAUCGGUUUCCGCCGUGAAGAGUCUGACAACUUGCUCUCAUUCUUGACGGGGCAUAUAGCGAGAGGACAGGAUUUCGCAUGUAGGGUCAAGUGGGAGGAGGGGACGGUUGUUGUCUGGGAUAAUCGGAGUACACAGCAUACGGCAACGACGAAUUUCCCGGCGGAUGAGAGGAGACAUCUUUGUAGGAUCACUUCCAUUGCUGAACGACCUGUUUGA